AUGGGGCUGUCCAAGAUUUUACUAGCCCUCGUUUGUGUUUUAGGCUCUGCCCUUCUCCAAUCCACUCAUGCCCAAGACACACCGCAAGACUACCUCACUGCCCACAACAUCGCUCGAGCAGCGGUUAACGUCGAGCCAUUGUCAUGGGAUGAGAAGCUGCAAGCCUAUGCGCAAGACUAUGCCAAUCAACACAUUGGCGACUGCAAUCUUGUCCACUCUGGUGGGUUCUAUGGCGAAAACCUUGCCAUGAGCACCGGUGACUUGUCGGGCACGGAUGCCGUAAACAUGUGGGUGGCGGAGAAGGCCGACUAUAACUACGACUCUAACACUUGUGCCGAUGGCAAGGUGUGUGGGGAUUAUACGCAGGUUAUUUGGCGUAACACAGCUCGUGUAGGGUGUGCAAAAGUGAGGUGCAACAGUGGAGGUACCUUCAUUGGGUGCAACUAUGAUCCACCAGGCAACUAUGUUGGGCAAAAGCCUUACAAGCCUUACAACUCCUAUGCGAAAAUUCUACCAUGUGGCAGGUGCAUGGAUGCGCCAAUAAUAUUCACCAUUGGCAACAAUGUUGAGUAG